AUGGCUGCUAAGUUAUGUCUCCAACUCUUCCUACUUUUGGCCUUCGUUACACCUCAUUUGACAUCGGCUCGUCCUCUUCACAACCAUAAAUCAUCUCGACUUCUAUUUCCCGAGCAUCUCAUAGGAAGUAGUAAAAACGAUAGCAUCGUGGAAGGAAUUCAUAAAGUCAAGGCUUACCUUCAACGUUACGGUUAUUUCAGCAAUGAAAAUGAAAACAAUUUGAGCACAGAUGCAUUCGACGACGACUUAGAAUCCGCCAUUAAAUCAUACCAAAAAUUCUCCAACCUUAAGGUAAGUGGAGUCUUAGACAGGGAGACACUACAACAAAUGUCGAGGCCUCGAUGUGGGGUGGCAGACAAUUUCCAAUCAGUAGCACAACAAGAUGGUGAGAAUAAUAAUACUACUGUUCAAAUUGGUGGUUCACAUUUCAUGUUCUUCCCCGGCAAGGGAAAAUGGCCAUAUAGAAAGUGGCACUUGACCUAUGGAUUUGUCCAUAAUUACCCAAUGAAGCACGCCGCUGCAGUGGUUCGAGCUUUCGAUAAAUGGGCAGCUAAUUCGAAAUUUACAUUCUCCCUUGCCUGGAGAAUACAAACAGCAGACAUUUUAUUAAGUUUUGAGAGAGGGGAUCAUGGAGAUGGGAAACCGUUUGAUGGAGAAGGGGGAAUAUUGGGACACGCGUUUGGGCCGAUCGAUGGGAGAGUGCAUUUUGACGCAGAUGAGCAGUGGGCCGAAAUAGGUUCGCUUACGAACGAAAACUUUGAUUUCGAGUCUGUGGCAUUGCAUGAGAUAGGACAUGCACUUGGUCUCGGCCAUAGCAUUUUUCCAUCUGCCGUCAUGUGGGCUAAUAUGGAGACUGGUGUCAACAAGACUGAAUUGACUAUUGAUGAUAUUGAAGGCGUUCAUGCUUUAAAUGACCCUUAA